GGAGUGUCUACCCCGAGGAUCCAUCUCGGGGCUGUGCAGGUCAAUCCAGAGUGCGGAUACGGACUGAAGAAGGACUUCUGGUUUGGUGCAGUUACAUUUUGGCGCCGUCUGUGGGAAUCUGAACUAAAGGCUCCCUUGUUGCUCUCAUCAUGGUUAAAACUAGGUCAGCCCGAGAAGGAGAAGAUGAAAACCAACCACACAAUUCGGCUCGCAACUCAGCCUCUACCGCUAACCAAGACGUAGUUGCAACUCAGCUUGCUGCCAUGCAACAGCAGUUUGGUGUCUUUCAGCUAGUGCUGGCUCAGCUGUUAGCCCGGAACAAUCCUGGUGAUCCACUCAUCAACCUACUUAAUCCUGCCCCACCACAACCCCCAGCCCCACCACAAAAUCCUGAACCAGUUCAACAUGCUCCCGCUCGAGGUGCCCCACCCCCGCACCCUGCUGCUGACUCCGUACCCCACCCUCUCAACACCAAUAUUAUACUGGAACCCUAUCCCGCUGGCUUCAGAAUACCACAGCUUGAAACUUAUGAUGGGACGAAGGACCCCGAUGAUCAUCUACAUGCUUUCUACUCUUGCAUGCAGGCCCAGAACGUCUCUGAUGCGUUGAUGUGCAAAAUCUUUCCCUCUACUCUCCGAGGUAAUGCUCGAACCUGGUACUACAGUCUGCCUCCGAGGUCAAUCAACUCGUACACAAAAUUGGCAUCUGCUUUUGCCACAAAGUUUUCCAGUAGAAGGUUGAUCAGGAAAACCACUUCUGAGCUAAUGCGAGUUAAGCAGAGGGACGGAGAGUCUUUGAAGAAUUUUAUGAGCAGAUUCAAUGAUGCAGUGCUGGAGGUUAAUUCUUUCGACCAAGCUGUGGGAAUUACAGCUGUGAUCUCAGGUCUUAGCCAUGAGAGGUUCCGAGAUAGUCUGCUAAAACAUCCUGCCAACACCUUCAGCGAGAUUAAGAAUAAGAUGGACUUAAGACGUCCGGGUCCAAUGAGAACUGCUGCUGCUACCAGAGACCAUACUAGCCAAGGUUUGUCAGAGAACAAGGGCCAUAGCAUCAAGCAGUCCGCAACCCCCCAAACAGACAAGAACCAAACUCAGAAGCGAAAAUUUGACGAUGCUGAGUGGAAGAAUCAACCCAUCACUUUCACAUCUGCUGAUCUCGAAACAGUUGUCACACCUCACAAUGACCCUCUAGUCACUUCCGUCACGAUCAACAAUUGCGAGGUGCAGCGUGUCCUUGUCGACACAGGGAGUGCACCAGACAUCAUGUACUUCCAUUGUUUUGAGAGUCUUGGGUUAGAUCCAGCUCUGUUGCAGCGGUAUGAUGGUCCCAUCUACGGGUUCAACAACCAACCAGUUCCAGUUGAAAGAGUCUUCACCAUGAAUGUUGCAUUUGGAAGUGGCCGAAGUUAUAUGACCCCUUCCGUGAGGUUUUUAGUAGUCAAGAUGGCGUCUUCUUUCAAUGCUGUCAUCGGCCGACCUACACUGACUGAAAUCCGAGCUGUGGUUUCCCAGUCUCACCUAUGCAUGAAAUUCCCAACUCCUACGGGAAUAGCAACGCUGCGAGGCAACCAGGAAGUGGCCCGACAUUGCUAUAUCACCUCGGUCACGCAACCUCAGAAGGGUAAAGAUCAGACGCCCGAGGUCAAUCCCAAACGGAUUCCUGACGAUCGACAAGUUAUGGGUGUUGAGAUAGUAGAUAACCGACCAGAAGAUGAAACCAGAGUUGCUCCAGUCGAAGAUGUGGAGGAAGUACAGAUUGAUGACAGAGAUCCGAGCCGGAAAACGCAAAUUGGGACUAAAUUGAACCCGGAGGAAAGAGCAGAGCUAAUAGCUUUUCUUCGGGCCAAUAAAGAUGCACUGGCAGAUUUUAUUGUAGAGUGCACUCCAGGUAAUUCCAUUCCUACUCCGGAGCCCAAUGACUGGACCUUAUAUGUUGAUGGGGCGUCUAGUAGCAAAGGUUUAGGAGCUGGUGCUCUCUUGAUUGGCCUUGAUGGAUACCGAAGUGAACAUGCUUUGAAAUUUAACUUCGAUGCAACAAACAACAUGGCUGAGUAUGAAGCCCUGCUACUUGCUCUGGUGGCCGAGCUGAAGUGUAGAUUCCAGAAAUUCUGUCUGAGCAAAAUCCCCCGAACUGAAAAUGAACAGGCAGAUUCACUCUCUAAAUUUGCCUCUGAUAAUUCUUCACAUUCCAGAUUAGUUUUUUUGGAGGUCUUAGAUGAACCAAACUUCAUGAAGCCACGGGUGAUGGAGAUCAGCACCGACCCAAGCACACCAAGUUGGACUGACCCAAUCCUCUCCUUCUUACGAGACGGGAUAGUACCUGAGGACAGGCAAGAGGCGAUGAAGUUGAGAAGGAAAGCAUCUCGGUAUACACUUGUUGAUGGGAUCCUCUAUAAGCGAUCUUUCUCUCUACCUCUUCUACGGUGCUUGAAUCCCUAUGAAGCAGAAUAUGCACUCAGGGAGGUGCAUGAAGGUGUCUGCGGAAGUCACGUAGGUGCUCGAACCUUGGCUCAUAAAGUCCUUAGACAGGGUUAUUAUUGGCCCAACAUGUACAAGGAUGCCACUCACUUUGUUCAGAGAUGCUUGAAAUGCCAGUUCUUUGCGCACCUGACUCACCAGCCUGCAGAAGAGCUCACUACUCCGUUCACCUCGAUUUACCAUCCGGAGUCUAAUGGCAUGGUCGAAUCUAUUAACAAGUGCAUCUUAGAAGGUAUAAAGCCGAGGCUGGAACAACACAAGGCCAAAUGGGCAGACGAGCUCAACAACGUCCUCUGGGCAUACAGAACUACGAUCUACAAGCAGAAAAUAGCAAACUUCUACAAUAAACGAGUUCGACCCCGAACAUUCAAAGUAGGAGACCUUGUUCUCAGGAAAGCUGGUCUAACGGGGUUCGAAACUCGAUUUGGAAAGUUAGCACCAAACUGGGAAGGCCCCUACACUGUAGCCGAAGUGCCCCACCCAGGUGCUUAUAUCCUAAGGGACACUGAAGGAAAAAGGGUUCCUAGAGUCUGGAAUGUCAAUAACUUGAAGAAAUUUUACCCUUAAUGCACUUCUUUCUAGCAAACUUUGUCUUAUCGCCAUUAUUCUAUCUUUCUGUUCAAUGUAUAUCGAAACUCAAUUCCUUUACAUCAUUAAUGAACUUCACUUCAUAUU